GCUCGCUUAGGUGGCGCCGGCUUGCGGCCGGUGUGGCGGCGGUGUUGGUGCUGGAAGCCCGAACAGGCGCGCUCCCUGGACGGGCGGCGGGGCUAUGGUCACCGGCUCCCGAAGGCCCGCUCCGCAUCUCAGCCCGACCUUGAACGCGAGCCUGAGCCUGAGCAGUCUCCUCAGCCCAGUCCCCUGGCGCGUUCGGCUGCUCCCCGGGCGCGCCCCCUCCGAUGGCGACGGAGAUCCAGCCCCAGCCGCUGACCCGCAAGCCGAUCCUGCUGCAGCGGGUCGAGGGGUCGCAGGAGGUGGUUAACAUGGCGGUGAUUGUGCCUAAGGAGGAGGGUGUCAUCAGCGUCUCGGAGGACAGGACAGUUCGUGUUUGGCUAAAGAGGGACAGCGGACAGUAUUGGCCAAGCAUAUACCAUACAAUGCCUUCUCCAUGUUCAUGCAUGUCUUUUAACCCGGAAACAAGAAGACUGUCCAUAGGUCUAGACAAUGGUACAAUCUCAGAGUUUAUCUUGUCUGAAGAUUAUAACAAGAUGACACCUGUGAAAAACUAUCAAGCACAUCAGAGCAGAGUGACGAUGGUCCUGUUCGUUCUGGAGCUGGAGUGGGUGCUGAGCACAGGACAGGACAAGCAGUUCGCCUGGCACUGCUCUGAGAGUGGUCAGCGCCUGGGAGGUUACCGCACCAGUGCUGUGGCCUCAGGCCUGCAAUUUGAUGUUGAAUCCCGUCACGUGUUUAUUGGCGAUCACUCAGGCCAAGUAACCAUCCUCAAACUGGAACAAGAAAACUGCACACUGCUCACGUCCUUCAGAGGGCACACAGGAGGAGUGACAGCACUCUGCUGGGACCCGGUCCAGCGCGUGCUGUUCUCAGGCAGUUCCGAUCACUCUGUCAUCAUGUGGGACAUCGGUGGGAGAAAAGGGACAGCCAUCGAGCUCCAAGGACACAAUGACAAGGUCCAGGCCCUCUCCUAUGCACAGCACACAAGGCAGCUCAUCUCGUGUGGCGGGGACGGUGGCAUUGUCGUCUGGAACAUGGAUGUGGAAAGGCAGGAGACCCCCGAGUGGCUGGACAGCGAUUCCUGCCAAAAGUGUGACCAGCCUUUCUUCUGGAACUUCAAGCAAAUGUGGGACAGUAAGAAAAUUGGGCUAAGGCAGCACCACUGCCGGAAGUGUGGGAAGGCCGUGUGUGGCAAGUGCAGCUCCAAGCGUUCCUCCAUCCCGCUCAUGGGCUUUGAGUUUGAAGUGCGGGUCUGCGACAGCUGCCACGAGGCCAUCACAGAUGAAGAGCGCGCACCCACAGCCACCUUCCAUGACAGUAAGCACAGCAUAGUGCAUGUCCAUUUUGAUGCGACCAGGGGAUGGCUGCUGACUUCCGGAACUGACAAAGUGAUUAAGCUGUGGGAUAUGACCCCGGUAGUGUCGUGAUGGCUCUCGCAGGGCCGAGAAGAUAGUUCCCGCUAAAGAGCCACUUGUCUGAGUCUGAGAUCAUUACAGGAGAAGUGAAGUAGACGAAUAAGCAGGGAGAGAAACUGAAGCCUCAACGCGAAUGCCCCCUCCCCCCACACUGCUGCAGUGAGCAAAUGAAGGCGCCCCCAGGACUCUGCAGUUGUCCAUACAGUAUAAAAGAAAAUAUUUUUUUACCGAACGGUUUCUACAGCCUGGCCGUGCCGCAUUGUUUUGAACAUAUUAGAAAAUCUGUGUGGGAUGUUUAGGCUUCUGUGUUUCAGCCAUCCAUUGUACUCAUUGCUUUCUGUGUCAGAAAAAGGAAAAAAAAAAAAGAGAGAGAGAGAGAGAGACUGAGAGAUCUAUCUGUUGAAGGUACUGUGUCGUUAAAAAGCAGUCUCCUCGUUUUCCUCACCUCAACAUGUACCAGGCAGUCUCUCCUCUUGAGUCUUCCUUUGCCUCUCUCCAGAGUGUGUGAUUGCAGUUUGUUCCAGUGUUUCUGCUUUCGCGGCCUUAGCAGAUAAGAGGUGAAAAGCCCUGUGUGUCUGACAGCUGGCCUCUCGAGUCACCUGCAGGGAGCAGUAGUGUUCUGGAGGUCCCUGUGGUUCCGCCUCAGCAUCUUCCGCCGUCCACAUUAGAAAAUGCUGUAGAAGCUGCCGCCCACCGCCAGCCAGGACUCACGUGACUCACCCUGCAGUGCUUGCAUCUCAGAAUUCAGUGAAAGCCUCUUGAGCCUUUUGCGUUUUGGACUGUGGGAUUUGUUGUUUUGUUUUGUUUUGGUUUGUUUUGUUUUGUUUGUAGCAUUCCUUUAUUCAUAACAUGAAAGGCAAACAGAAAUGUCCAUGCUCCAGAAGGAAGAGCCUUCACGGUGCGUCUUCCUACAUGCCGCUGCCCCUGAGUGCGAACAUGCAUCACUUUCAAAUUAGAAUACUGCUCUCUUCACCAAUCAUAACUUAGUCUCCCUUUAAAAAUCAGGUAUUUAAGCAUCUUUCUGUUACUGUGCGCUUUUCUGUGAAGCCUGCGUGUGACCUAAACCGAGGUACUAAAACGAACAGAACUCCUAAGGAAAUCAGUCCAGCUUGAUAAGGUACAGUAAGGACUCACUUCAGCGUAUCAAGAUAGGAUUAAAAAUAGUGGCAAGCCUGUGCCUCAAAACUGCUGUCCUGCCCCCCCCCCCCCGCCGCCCUCCCCCUAAGCCCUGCACACAUCAGGAAUGUCAGGGAGGGGAACAGAUCAGUUUUGUUGGUUGCUCGCCCUGCCCUCUCUCUCCGUGUCACACCUCCAUAAUAUCUUGCUCCCUUCUGAUCUAACCGGUGUCUCCUAGCACAGAGGGCCCUGUGUUAUUUUGUUGUGUUCUUAGAAAAGCAGUUUCCUCCAUGUCGUCAUCGCUUCUCUAUCUGGAGGAAGGAAUAGUACCCAUUCUUGGAUACCACCGUUAGCACCGAUGACCCGGAGUGCUUCCCAGGACAAGGCGUCUGGAGCCACUUCUGCUCGCUGGCCCCCGGGAAGCAGGGCUAGGGUGCACCUCACACAGCCACACCCCUGGCGGCUCUUACGUGAGAGCAGACCUGUGGACACGCCCCAGGAAGUCAGACCACCACUGGUUCAACGGCCCAUUCCGUGACAUGCUGCCUAGGCUCCGAGGGGCCGCUGGAACUGCUUUUCCGCAUGAUCGCUCCAUCGCAGAGCUUUGAAAAGGGAGUGAGAGCUAAAAUGUUCAAAUACUGACAGUAUGGUUGAUUGAUAGGAUCUACUCUGGUACAAGAGUGUACCAGAGCAACUGUACAUGCGUGUAAUGCUGUGAAUGCUUGUAUGUGCCUGCUGUCUCCUCUGUGUUCUUAACCCAUAGAGAAGUGCAUGCUGGCACUGAUAGGCGUGUGAGCAUUGGCCUCAUGGGUCAGGCAUGAGCCGCUUGGCUCGUUUCUCCUCUGGGUAAAAAACAAAAAGACAAAUCAGUCAUCUUGUCCAGUUUGCUCUUGUCCAGUUCUUGUUCUGCUGUGGAAACCGCAGCUCUGGGGCUGGUAAUGGCCGCAGCCAUGCUGGGAAGCAGGGAGGUUUCAUGUACAGAGGUUCCUCCUAGUGGGUGGAUGAGGUGCAUCUUAAACUCUUAGUUUCUCCAAAGGAAAGGACUGAAUGUCUCCACCUUAGCAAAAACGGUUUUAGAAACAAGUACUUGGAAUUCUGUGCCAUUUUAUAAAAGGUCAGUCAACAUAAUAUGCUUCUCUUUUAAUCGUCUGAAUAAUUCAUGAAAUUACAAAAAUUGCUAAAUUGGGAGGAAAUCUUGAGACCUCAGGUGUCCCAGAUUAGUUAUACCAGGCAGUUAGAUAGAGAUGAAGUGUAAACAAGAGAAUCUCAAAGAACAUUCAAGGAAUAACCGCCUUUGCUACUACCCAAAGCAGUGUGACAGGCAGAAGGAGCGGCGCCUUGCUGCCUGCAAGAAGUCUCUGGGCUUGUUUGAUACUAUUUUAAGCAAAUGUUGGCACCUGCCUGUGGUUAUGAGUAGGAACGUGUUCUAUCAGAAGGCGGUUGGUACUGUUGAUCUGUAUGUCAACACCCCCUUCCCACAUUAUUCCCCUCUGACCACCCCAGGGUCAAACUUGAAUCACAGUCAGGGCCCUAGAGUACCGCUGUCCUGCUGGCUAACGGCUGCUCCACAGGGCCUGGGCCUACAGUGUCCGUUGUUGUGAUGGAAACACCACCUUUUCACCAUCUCAGAGUCAUAUUUUUAAAGCAUACUAUAUUUUUGUUUAACAUCAAUCCUUAAAAAGCUUGAAUUUGAGCUUUAAAGCAAAAGAGUAGCUCUGAACCAUGGGCCCCACUUAGUACAGAGAAAUAUGCAUUAAUGAGGGGCCUUUGGUGUUGCUUUUUCAUAGUAUUUAAAUAUAUAUAUAUAUAUAUUUAUGUAUGAGUGAGCUUGUACACUGAGAUUUAUAUUUUAAAGCAAAAGAAAAGCAUUUUUCCAAAAGUGUGCUUAUUUUUCUUUCCUUUACAAUACCAUUGGGUCAGAUUUUUGCUGGUGUAAACGUGGAUAUUUGGCACCCUGGUGAAAUGACACUCAAGUCAGCAAAUCUGCCACCUUUUCAGGCUGUCGGGUCCCGCCAGGAAAAGCCCGUGUGCUCCUGUGAACUGUAGUUCAGCCUGACAGCCGAGAACCACACGCCAACUCAGGGGUUUAGUCUGUGUUUUCACCUUUGCACGUUGCAUUCCCACCAGAAGCCUCAAGGCUGACAUGGGGAGCGUGCCUGUUGCCUGCGUGGAGCCUCCUCUGAACUCCCCAUGCCACAGCCAGUUGUCAGGGGAAAAGGUGAUCCAAUCUCCGUGUGGGUUCUAUCGCAGUGCUUAGGGUCCCUGUUAGACUGGGGCCUCUGAUUCAGUGAAUGGUGUUUGUCACAGGACUGACCCAAACUACCAUCAGUCACAGAGCCAGCCUCACUCAGGCAGGUGAAAACACACGGCCGGAUCACAAGUUCCUUUCCAGGCUUUUCCAUAGGAAGCCUAGUGGGUGUGGUUUUAGAAAAAGACGGUGAAGUUGUUAGGAGUAUCUCAUUUAAAAGAUAACUCAAAGUAUUCACCUUUAGGGGCUAAGAAUGUGUGACUGGGGAGGCAUUGUUUAGGAAAGCUAUAUUGGUUCAAAAGGUAGAUUUUUAAAUCUGAUUUAGAUAUUAAUGUGUUUCCCCCUCUUAGUUCUUUGGGACGCAUGAGAGGGUGAAUUUCUUUCAAAAGGGAAAGCAGUUUGCCUUGUCUGUAUAUUUGCUUUGUUUCUGUAUCCUUAUCAUUCAGGUGAAUAUGCAGCCUUUCGUUCAUAGCCUGUGCCAGAGUGAAGCAUGGAGCAAACCACUUCCAUCACCCUUUCCACUGUCCUGUGUCUGUUUGUGUCCUAGGCCAUUUGCUUUGCAUUUUAAAUGGCUCUUCCAAGGUGUUGUCAUUUGUGGAGGAGAAAAGUCUUGAACAAGUAUAAAAACUGUUACUAACUGGACAGCAGGAAGGUGUUAGGCCCGCAUUGUGCCUACCCGUCAGUGUAUCGUAACCAGGUACCUCCCUCUGCUCAGCUGUCAUCUGGGCCACAUCUGGAUGUGGUUGCCAUGGGCUUGUUACGUUAUGGGUAUCUUUUUCCAGAAAAAAAUCAGGAGUUGGGGUGAGCCUGAAGCUAAAAGCUAGAAUGGGUCUCUCCACAGCAGCUAUAGCCAACCCCCUCUGGCAGCUGCUGGGCCCAGAGCCACUGGAUCCCACCAGCCACUCGUGAUGCUGUCCUCCGAAAUGCGACGAGGUGGUACUGAGUGAGAAUAUUCUGUAUCCCGAGAAUGUCUCCGUGUCCUUGUUUUCCCGCCAUCGUGCCCUCCAGCCUGUCAUGUAUGUGUAGCCAUCUCCAAUGGACGCCUCUCAGAGCGGCGGCUUCUGUGGCUUAGAAUAAAUGUCCGAAUACCUGC